AGAAAAGGCGGGUUCCCUUAACUAAUGCCGUAUUCCUUUGAAUAUGAUAUUCAAUGGCCUCCUAGUAAAUCUGAUGUUUUCAUCGUUAUUUGGAAACACCAUGUUUACUUGUUUCGACUGGAACAAUCUUCAUGUGGAACAGGGAAUUCGAAUGGUUUUAUUAUUGGUUCAAAGCGAAAAUUCUUACUUUCCGUUCUGAAUGUUUGGAGUAAUAAUGUGUCACCACAGUGUGUAGCUUGGGUAUCCAGUAGCAAUAAACCAAACCUCGAUGUCGUCCCGAAUCAUUUGAUUGCAAUUACUCAUAACGUUGGAUGUGUCAAACUAAUGGGGCUCCCUAACUGUAGUGUUAAAGAAGACAGAUUCGGUUUACAAAAUAAGGAAUUGAGUACUUCUCACUUUUAAAAUUAUGACUUGUUAAAGCCCCUAGAUUCGCGAGGAAC